GGCCAUUUUGAAUCUAAGGUAAACAGUUACAGCAGUUCUCCGAGAAAUAUAAAAGAAAAGCGGGCCAAUAUGAAUGUAGAAGAUGACUUUGAAGAAUACAUGGGAAAACAAGAGCCUGAGCCUGAGGUGCGACCACAGCGACUGUCACUACACAUGAUUGUCAGGAGACACCUGCCGCCUGAAGCUGCUGACUGGCCACAGGACCUCAUUGUGGAAUCACUAAAUAAAAUCACCCAUCUGAGGUUAGACAGAGAGAAUAUUGGAGACAUUGAUGGUCUAGAACUUCUGGGGAAGUCUGUCACCAACGUCUAUCUGCAGCAGAACAAAAUCAAGAGAAUUGAGAACCUUGAUUGUCUCCAUUCUCUGCGUUUCCUCACUUUGGCUGGAAAUAAGAUCAGGACAAUAGAAAACCUGAUGUGUUUGCCAAAGCUGGCAUUUCUUGAUCUGUCUGAAAACUUGAUAGAGACCUUGGAUGUAGAGGAAUUACCGCAGUCCUUGAUAAUCCUGUCCCUAAAAGAGAACCAGUGUACCUCAGAAGAUGGCUAUAGGCCUCGGUUGAUAAAAGAACUGCCCAAACUGCGCCAGCUGGAUGGAGUGGAGGUCAGGACAUCUGAGAAGAGGGCUGUGGGUUAUGUUAUAUCCAGUGAUGAGGAGGAAGAGGAAGAGGAGGAAGAAGAAGAAAACAAUGUUGAUGAUGCUGCUGAUGUUGAACACACCAUAGAGCAAAUCAAAGGUGUCUUCAAAACACUCACCUCAGAUAUGUUGUUAAGAUCACAGCAGCGUCUUGAAGACACACUUAAAGAACACAAACUUCAUAAUGUAGAACUUGAAGCAAUCCGCUGCCAGUCUGCAAUACCAGAGUUGGCUAGCUCAAGGGCAUCUAACAUGUCUGAUAGCAGAAUUCCAAGUGCACUAUCCACAGGCUCAAGGUCAUCAACAGGAGUAUCUGGGUCAAGGUCACCAUUAGCUCACCCAGUGUCACCAACUAGUCGCUCUGGAUCAAGAUUGGGAUCACAAGGAAGCCCUCUUCCACCAAUUCCGACUCAGAGCGAGAGGUAGUACACCUUACAUCUAUCACGUUACCGCAGUGCACCAUUUACCCAGUAAAUCACAUGCUCACAAACACAGCAUGUCUGCAAGCAGAGGAAGGUCUACUGUUUUUGCCCUGUUUAAGGCAGUAAACAAGACCACACUCCACAUAGCAGGGCUCGGUUGAACAGCGUGCCAAGCAUAAUGCACCUGACUGUUCUCUUGUCUGCGUUCUUAGAUUUUUUUCAUCAGUGGAGUGCAAAAAUUCAGAGGCAGCUCUCGAGAAAUAUUGAGUACAUUUUUUGUACAGUUGUUUUAUGCCAGAACUAAGAUGCAGGUUUUUCAUCUUAAUGGAAUUUUAAUUUUAUAAGUGUUUUUGUCUCAGUUAAAACAUUAUGGCAAGUAUUAUUUCUGUGUUUGCAAGCGAAAAUUAACAUUUGACAAUCGGUUAAUUAAUAUCCAAUUUGAUGAAAAAAAAAGAAUGAAAAAAUGUAAGAAUACAUGCAUACUUGUAAUUACCAACCGUUCUCUUUAUUAACAACUGAAACACAGCACUGUAACACUGUCGAGGCUAAUAACAAUAACAAAGUACUACAACGUUGAAAUUUACAGCCAUUUUUCGUUUUUGUAACAGCCUUUUUAGCUUUUUUAAAUAACUUGAAAACUCCCCUGAAGCAGAGUAAGCACCUGUGACCAGCUGGCCAUCAGAAUGUAUGGCCUUGUUAUGUACACGACUGUCACAGUAUAUACAUGGCAAUAUUACAGUUGACGUUUGUGUACAAUUAUGACUUGAAACAUUGACAGCACAAAUGUUUCACUCGAACUAAGAUUUCAGCGCAGCCAAAGUUUUCAUGCUAUCUUUAACAGUUAUUUCAGUUUUAAUGAUUGUGGAAAUACAACUUAUUUUUACAUAUAAUGAUGGUUGGAAAAGAAGAAACAAACAAACUU